AUGUGUAACGCGUGUGAUUUGCAACUCGAUUGGACCGUAAAUGGCGAAGAAAAGGACGCCGGUACGAAUAGAACGAGAAAGACAGCAAAGCCUGCCCGUCGCCGCCGACGGCAAGUUGAAGCUACCCAAGACAAUUGCAACAGCGCCAACGAAGACACUGGAAGUCAAGGAAAAGCAGAAGUUGGGCAAGUUGGGCCGAUGCAUCUCAGAAAGCAUACGGAAGCUCGGACAAGGCUACCGAGAAAAAACUCCGAAAAAUUCGGAACAGAAAUAAAACAUGCGGACAUCGACAUUGACCAAAAGAGCAGAUGUCAAUCUUUGCGACAUGUACAGGAGAAGGUCGUCUACCACCACUUUGGUACGGACGCAAUGAACCUAUUGAAUGUUGAAACUGCUGAUAUUCCGCAGCCUGAAGCACCUAACCAUGUCGUCGUAAAAAUUCACGCCUCAACUGUAUCCCUUGACGAUUGCAUUUUGCGAAGGGGAUUUUGUUUUGAUGUUACAUCUCCUAUUUCUCUUCCUGUCACGCCAGGUAUGGAUUUUGUUGGUAAGGUUGUAGCAUGCGGUUCCCAGGUAGACGACUUUAAAAACGGCGAGUGGGUAGCCGGUCUGGUUCGUACGGGGGGUAACGCUCGCUUCAUCAGUGUCGCUCAAUGCAGUUUGGUACCGGUACCAAAAAUGCUUGACUCUGCCGAAGCGGUCUGCAUGGUAUCUACCUAUACUGCGGCCUAUCAGACGAUGAGAGUAGUUGCAGAUCGGAAUACAGUAUUUUCGAUGCAAGGAAAGAAAGUUCUUAUCGUCGGGGGCAUGCAUAAUGUUGGUCAAGCUCUCAUUGAACUCUGCACGAAAGCUAAGGCUGAAAUUUUUGCGACAGCUCCCGACCGACGGCAUAGCUACAUUAGAAAUAUGCUCGGUGCCACUCCUCUACCAGAGAGUGCUUCCGAAUGGUCAACUAUCGUAGAUGGAGAAAUGGACUACGUCUUGGAUGGCGUCUGCGAGGAUGGCCUGGUUCCAGCAUUGCAAGCAUUAAAACAAAAUGGGAAGCUUGCUUGUUUCGGACAUUCGUCUAUUCUUCGGGAGGAGAUGGGCUUGUUCGGUACACCACUUUCGGCUCGCUUCAAUCGGUGGCGAGGAGACUUUGUCUCUGGUGGGAAGAGAAUCGAUCUUUGGGAGAGCCACCAAGCCGAUCCAGAACUGUACAAGAUCAGGCCGCACAUCGCCAAGCGAGUCAUGUUGUCGGAUGUGGCCGCCGUGCAUGCCCGAUUGGAAAACGGAGACAUCAGGGGUAUUGUUGUCUGUCAACCGUGGAAAACAAGUCGUCCUGGAGCCUUUCAAAAAUCCAACCUGGAAGAGGAAAACUAG